UAUGCGUGUGCUUGUGGGUGAGGGACUGCAGAAAGGGAGAGUGCCGGGCGGGCUUAGUCGGAGAUUGAGCGCUGGGAAUCCGCUUCCGGGAGGGCACUGUCUAGUGCACUGGUAACCUGGCCUUGGCCGCCUAGCCCGAGAAGCCGAAUCUCCCUAAUCCCUGUGACCUGUGUCACCUCUGCAUCGCGGGGAGGGGGAGAAGUGGGGAGCAGUCUGGUGUCAGAUGGGCUGGCGCCGGAAGAGGGGGGCCACAGCGGGGACGAAAGGCGUCCCCACCCCGACUCCCCGGGAAUAUAAGCAAUUUGUAUUUUCCGAUCAGGUGGCGGGACUGGCUUCAUUGGGACAGCCCUAAGCCAGCUGCUGAACGCCAGAGGCCACGAAGUGACCUUGGUCUCCCGACAGCCCGGGCCCGGCCGGAUCACGUGGGUAAGUCCAUCCUCUGGAAGCGGGUGGGAGGGCAGAGUUGGGCGGUGCAGGGGCACUGUGUGCUUUCUCCAACAGGAUGAGCUGGCUGCAUCUGGGCUGCCGAGCUGCGAUGCCGCCGUCAACCUGGCCGGAGAGAACAUCCUCAACCCUCUCCGAAGCUUACUACCAGCCCAGUCGGACUGCGGAGUAUGAUGAAGACAGCCCAGGAGGGGACUUUGACUUUUUCUCCAACCUCGUAACCAAAUGGGAAGCUGCAGCCAGGCUUCCUGGAGAUUCUACACGCCAGGUGGUGGUGCGCUCGGGGGUUGUACUGGGCCGUGGGGGUGGUGCCAUCAGCCACAUGCUGCUGCCCUUUCGGCUGGGCCUGGGGGGCCCCAUCGGCUCAGGCCACCAAUUCUUCCCCUGGAUACACAUCGGGGACCUGGCAGGAAUCCUGACCCAUGCUCUUGAAGCAAACCACGUGCACGGGGUCCUGAAUGGAGUGGCUCCAUCCUCCGCCACUAAUGCUGAGUUUGCCCAGGCCUUGGGUGCUGCCCUGGGCCACCGAGCCUUCAUCCCUGUCCCCAGCACUAUAGUGCAAGCUGUCUUUGGGCGAGAGCGUGCCAUCAUGCUGCUGGAGGGCCAGAAGGUGAUCCCACGGCGAACACUGGCUACUGGCUACCAGUACUCCUUCCCAGAGCUAGGGGCUGCCUUAAAGGAAAUUGUAGCCUAAGUAGGUCAUGGCAAGGGCCUGAGGCCUGUCCCUCAUAGGCUUCCAGGUUAGGCACUAUGAAUAGGCUCAGCUCCUCUAGAGAGCUGAAGCCAUCUGGUUCUUAGAUUUCUCCCCCAGUCCUCUUUCCCAUUGUUCUGUUGCUCCACCUUAUUGUCUCAAGGCUGUAAUCUCAUCAGGUUGGGACAUUAAUCUUUUCAACUCCUUGCAAGAUUUCCCAGUUGGGUUUCUCUACAUGUCCUGCAGCUGCCCCACUUCUCCUUUAUGCUGUGUAGAGAAUGCUCUGCAGUUUAGGCAAUAAAGAUAAAUUAUCUUACUAA